AUGUCGGCCACAGCAGUGUUCACUGGCUCUUUCUCAGAGUCUAAUCUGAAUGGCGAAAUGAAUGUGAAUGGCAUCACUACUGCAGGAGGGACAAGCCAGCCUAGUGCCCACCCUCCCUCUUCUUCCUCUUUCCCUCAUAUGGGCAACCAUCAACACACAGGCAGCAUUGGAUAUGACUAUCUGUGGGCUCAGUCUCAAUAUAACCCAGCUUUGGGCCCUGGCACCUCCCAAGGAUUGCACCAGAAACCAGGCUCCCAGGGGGCAAUCCAACCACAGCAGCCGCAGCACCACUUUCAGGGGCAUGGACAGUACCUGGUCAACGGUAGUAUGGGGCCUUCCCGGCAGCCCCCGGGUACUGGGUCACAGUACUGGGGUAGGGACAAUCCUGGGCAACAGCAAGGGGGAUCUCCAAUGUCCAUGGGAUAUAACUCUCACAGCAUGUAUGGGGCAUAUCCAAAUCAGGGGCAUCCUGGCAUCCCACCAUCACAAAAUCACCAGCAUCCUCCAUCCAUGCAGCACCAGCCUGCAACAGCGCAUCAUCUCCAACAGCAUUCACACCAGCAGCUGCCACAACAACAGCAGCAGCAGUAUGGUAUGAUGCAGAAUGGAAUGCCAUAUUACCAACAUCCAUCACACCCAACCACCCAACCGCAGACCCGGCCUCAAUCUCAAGCCCACAGUCAGAUGAUUCCACCCACUGCGCAGAAUUAUACGCCUCCACAAGGAAGCCCCCAGCACCAUCACAUGUGCAGUGGAGGCAGCAGUAGUCCCCUCAACAUCCAGGUCCCUGUGAGGUCUCCUUCUGCAAUGCCUGAUGGCAGUUCGCCUAAGAGCAGGGAGAUGCAAGUUCGGAUGAAUGACACCUUUAAAGAAAAGGAUAAAGGCUACAAUGGAGUAGAGAGAACCUCUGUAUCCCAACAGUUGCCCAAAACUGAGGGUUUCCCCAUCAAGCCCCCUGGUUUUGUCUCCUCUGCCGAAUACAGCCAGGGUAUACAGCACCCUUUUAUGGACCUGGAGCAAUAUCAGGAGAUGGGAGCUAUAUUAAAGGAACUCAGUCCUCCUCUUGUCUCUGGACCUCCUUCACCACUAUCUAGUUCUCCUCGAAAAGCAUCAACCCUGCCUCAUCAAACAAUCUCUGGACCUGCUUCUGGGCAGCAUUCACAUUCUCCAUCUUCAGAUGGUCCUCAACUGUGUGGUUUAUCUACGCUGCCUUCUAAGACAGGUGUCAGAGUCAAUGCAUCUGUGCCGACAGCAGGUGGUUCACCUCCAAGACUUGGUAAAACGUUUUCAAUGUCUUCUCCUAAGAGCGCUCCACCUCCUGUUUCUCACAGCCAAACUGUGACAUGUUCUUCUAAGACCAUGACACAACCUCCAGCGGUGCAUGUGCUGCCUCAAACAGCUCCUGUACCUCUGGUAGAGACACAGGGCUCAAAAAGUCCACCGAUUUCUCCAACACCUCUAUCUUUAGCUGCGUCUCCAUCUGUUGUCUCUGCUCCUGCACUGGCACAUCUCAAAGGACCCCAAGAGGCAUCAACUCUAACAGGUCAGAGUCCUAAACAUCCUGCUGCUUCCUCAACAGAUAACAUCAUCUUUCCUUUCAUUGUCGUCAAUCCUGUUCUUGCUGCCUCUCAAAUGGCUUCAUCUACUUUGGCUUCGACUGCUCCUCAUUCUGCUGUUAAGUCUCCUCAAGCAUCCACAGCACCUCCCAGUGUUUCUAUGGCAAAUGUGGACACCGUCUCUUCUCGCAGUCCAGCCCAGUUGGGUUCUCAUGAAGUAGAACACCAGACCUUUGGAGAAACGCACUCUUCUCAGAAAACUCUCAGUACAUAUGAGAUGAAUGAUUCACUGAGCAAAGCUGAAGUCGACAGCACCACCUCCAUAAAGGUGUCCAAAGGUGAGGCCCAAUUUGAAAUGCACAAGGUUCAAACUUAUCGUAGAGACCUUGAACCGGCUUUCAGUGUUCCAAAGGAAGCUGAGAGAGACAGUAUGUCAGUUGUCAAAAAGGACUCUAAUUAUAUCAGAAAUUAUACUUUAAAAGAUACCAUUGGCACUGACGCAUUGAUGAACCACUCAUCCUUGGCUGAGUCAACCUACCUUGAAAGCUCAAGAGCUGAGGAUGCAAGUUUUAUGAUGGACACCUUUGAUGAUUCUUAUAGCAUUUCUCUGACUGAAGACCAAUCAAAGUUUACAGAAGGAUCCAUGAUUGAUGACUCCAGGGACACAUCUUUCAUGGAAGAGAACUUGAACAGCUCUGUGACCUCUAGCAGUUCCACUGAGGAAACCUCCCUUAAAGAUAACUCAUUUCUGCUGAACGACUCCAUAAAUGAAACCUCACAAUACAACUCAUCCCUGCUCUCUGCAUCUAUAAAUGCCUCUACUCAAUCCAUUAAAGGUGAUGAGAAUGGACUUGAUUCCCCAGACAUAUCUGAAGGUGAGAGAAGAUCAGAGUUCUCAUCAAUGAGAGUUCAGGGCCUGCAAGUGGUUGUCUGCGGUUCUAUUGAUGGGGCAACCACACAUAUACCACCAUCUGAAACUCUAAUUGCCAUACCAAUAAAAAAGCCAAGAAAGCCCAGAACCCCAAAGACCACAGUUGCUACUGCUGGAGGAUCUCCUGAUUCCAAGCCUAAGAAGCGAACAUUUACCUCUGACAUUCCAAAAGAGGGAAAAGUUAGGAGGAGAAAGAAAAAUGAAGAGAAGCCACCGAAUGCAAGGAAGAAGAGAAGGCUCUCUAAAGAGGCACAGGAAUCAGAAGCUGUCCCUAUCGAUACGUUAACUCCUUUCAAUGCUCCACCUCAACCUUCUAAUGAGCCAGUGAUCUUUGUCUAUGACUCAAGAUUGACCAAUAAUGAAAGCCCUGAUGUCAAACCCAAGAAGAUUAGGAAGCCUAAGAGGAAACAGGGAGCAAAAGAGGCAAAGACUCUCAAAGCAGUCAAAUCUGACAUUACAGAAGCAAAAACUGAAGAUUGUGUUGAUGGCAAUGAUGACGAAGGUGAUACCCCAAGGCGAAGGGUUGCAUCUGAGGAGCAAGUCCAAUUUCCUCUGCAGCAUGGCUGGAAGCGAGAGAUUAGAGUGCGGAGGUUUGAGGAUCGGCUGAAAGGGGAAACAUGGUACUACAGCCCCUGUGGCCGUAGAAUGAAGCAAUUCCCAGAGGUCAUCAAGUUUCUGCAGAAGCAUCAGGAUACUCUCCAGGGGGUUUCGAGGGAGCACUUCAGCUUCAGUCCACGGAUGCCAGUGGGAGAUUUCUACGAGGAGCGGGGCACCCCUGAGGGUAUGAAAUGGUUCCUCCUUGCCAACGAGGAAGUGCCCUCCAUGAUCAUGGCAAUAACAGGCAAGCGUGGUCGUCCUCCUAAUCCAGACAAAGAGCCUUGUCGCCGAGCCAGAGGAGGCCAGGGAAGGCGCCCAGGCAGACCUCCCAAGUCCAAGAUGGAGGAUCUGCUCAGUAAAGUGGACGCUAGGCUAUUGAAGAGGCUGGAGGCAAAGGAGGAGCUCACAGAAGAGGAGAAAGUGAAACUUUUUAAGAUCAAGAAGAAAAUGAAGAAAAAGGCAAGAAUUAAAAGAAAUGAGGAUGCAAAGAAUAAAAAGAUAAGGCAGGAGAGAAGGAAAGCCAAGCUGGAGAAGACCAAACCGCAAGAACAGUGGGAUGAAGACCAGUCCCAGACUAUGAACCGGUCAUCAGAUAAAGACAUCCCUCCACAGGGCGCAGAACAGCCCAAGAAGCGUGGGCGCAGGAGGAAGAUCGCAGUACCAGCAGCAGAAGCAGUGGACCUGGAGAAGGCCAGCCCCAUGAAGAGGGCUGCAGGGGCCCGCAGCAAAGCCAAGGCUCUAGCCAAAGCCCAGGCUCAAGCAGAGGCCGCAGCCCAGGCUGCAAGGGCAGCGAAAAGGCAGGCAGAGAGGAGGGCGCAAGCUCAGAGACGCAUGGAGAAUAGGAAGAGACAGCAGAUUAUCCUAGAGGAAAUGAAGAAACCUGCAGAGGACAUGUGUCUGGCUGACCAUACUCACCUCCCAGCAUUGUCACGGAUACCAGGACUGCUGCUGUCGGGUUCGGCAUUCUCCAACUGUUUGAGGGUGGUUGAGUUCUUGCAUGGUUACGGGAAGAUUCUGGGGCUCCAGGUGCCCAAGGAUAUUCCCAGCCUGAGCACCCUGCAGGAGGGGCUUCUUGGCCUGCAGAAAAGUCAGGGGGAGCUGCUGGAUCUUCUGAUGAAACUGGUGGAGGCUGCUCUACAUGAUCCUGGACUGCCCUCCUAUUACCAGUCUAUGAAGAUCCUGGGGGAGAAGCUGGUUGAUCUGGAGCUAAACCACGGUACUGUGUCUGAGGUGCUGCGGAUCUUUCUGGAAGCUCAUGGCUUUGAGUUGGAGGUAUGUAAUAGUCUCCGCACAAAGAGCUUCCAGACCCUCAGUCCUGAUGUCAAAGCCUCCAUACUUGCCUUUUUGGUGGAGGAACUCAAUGCCAGCAACAUAGUCACCAGAGAGAUUGACAACACAUUGGAGAAUAUGGCAACCUACAGGAAAAACAAGUGGAUUAUAGAAGGCAAACUACGAAAACUGAAGGCUGCUCUGAUGCAGAAGACUGGCCGCCAAGAAGAGGAGUUGUGUUUUGAGGAGCGCAGGCGCAGUGCUCGUGUGGGUGUGGCCGAAGAGGAGAGCAUCGAGGAGAGCUGUGUGUUGGAGAGAGGGAGUCGCCGCAAACCAAAAGAGGAAUCCAAAGAAACAGAUAUUGAGAGCCCGAAUAAUUGUAGCAUCGUUGAGCUGGAACGUCAAAUUGAUAAACUGACCAAGCGUCAGGUUUUUUUCCGUAAGAAGCUGCUUCAGUCGUCGCAUUCCAUGAGGGCUGUUUCUCUCGGGCAGGAUCGGUACCGUCGCAGGUACCUGCUGCUCCCUUACAUGGGAUGUGUGCUUGUGGAGGGAGCCGAGGAUGUCUUGGCCUCAGGUGAUGUUCUGGUCAGUGAUGAACCUGUGAGCCCAGUGAAAUCCGAGAUUAAAAUGGAGCCUCCCCUGUCUCCAGUUCUCAACGCUUCCCAGAUCCUCUCCUCUUCUCCAUCAUCCCAACUCUCCCCUACAGUGGUAGAUCCUCUACCAGGUGAGCCCUCCCUGAUGAGCAGCCCCCGUGGACGAGGACGCCCAAGGAAGAUCAAACCUGAAGUGGAGCUCCACCUGCGAGCUGCCAAGAACCGGCGCCGGCGCCGUAGCAGCAGAUCAGGAGGUGAGGAUUCAGGUCUUAACUCCCGUGUGCAGGAUCUUACUCAGACUGCCAUCCAGGCUUUUCUCGACCAGUCGCAGGACACGGCGCCCGAUAGUGCACCAGUUGCAGCGUCUGGAGCCGGGCUGGGUGAUAACAGCCAACCGGAGGAUGGUAUGAGGGAGCAGGCAGAGAAAAGAGGCCAGUGGUUCAACCUGUUGCCUAAAGAGCCUUGUGAUGAGGCUUCUCUCUCCCAGCCAUGUGUGAAAGCUUUUGAGACUGCUGCAUCACCCAGUAAAGACAUUUCAGUCCCCAUGAAUUCUACGCCGCUUAUCGCGCUUCCACUGCAGCCUCUUCUAAUACAGUCCUGCCCACAGUUGCAGACUGCAGUUCCUCAAGUGUGCUCCACUCCAAUUCCCAGAGUUGGUAGGAGGCGCAAGAGAGGCAGCGGGCCGUCUCGUCUGCGCUCUAGAUCUGGCACAGCUAAGAGGCGGGGCCGACCACCCUCCAAUCUGUUCCAAGAUGUUGAGCUGAAGUACUUCACUCAGCUGGUGGUGAAGCCUAUUCCAUUGGAAAUGGUGAAAGGCUGGUGGUGGGUGAAAGAACCAGAGGAGCUGACGGCCAUUUUAAGCGCCCUGCACCCGCGAGGUAUUCGCGAGAAGGUGCUCCACAAACACCUUACCAAACACAUGGAGUAUCUAGCUGAGGUCUGCACACGUCCCGUCACCGACCCCAUUUUCCAGAUGACAGUGGAGGAGGGCGGUGCACUGAUGGAGGCAUCUAAACAGUCCUGGAAUGACCAUGAGAAAGUCUUGAAGAUAGACAUGAGUGUUCUUCGGUGGGUGGAAGAUUUGGAGCAGAAGGUGGUUGGUGCAGAUCUUCAGCUCAAGGUGGCCACUCCCAACACAGAGCGUGAAACAGUGGCCGAUCAGGAAUGGCCAAACUCGCAAUUUCAGAUCUUCACACCUCCUGAGGCAGACUCCACGCGGGAGGACCUGCAGUAUUACGAGCAUGAGGUGGACCCCAGAGACGACUGGAUGGUCCGUACUAAGAAGGACUGGUCUGAUCUCCUGCGAGUUCCCAACAACCCUUUGGACCUGGCUGUUCUUCGAUUGACCAACCUGGAGCGCAACAUCGAGCGCCGAUAUCUGAAGGAGCCGCUGUGGAAUCUAGCGGAGGUGGUGCGUCUAGCCCCUCUGACUCCUCCUCCUGGUGGAGAGGAAGUCCCGUUAGAUGCUGUCAGUUUGGAGAGUGAGAUCACAGCCAGGUUGAGGACGUGGCGUCAGGCUCUGGACCGCUGCCACAGUGCAUCUCAGCUUUCUCUCUGUCUGCUACAGCUGGAGAAAGCCAUAGCCUGGGAAAGAUCCAUCGUCAAAGUGACGUGUCAGGUGUGCCGUAAGGGUGAUGAUGAUGAGUACCUGCUCUUGUGUGAUGGAUGUGAUCGUGGGUGUCACAUGUUCUGCCUCAGACCAAAGGUCAUGCAGGUGCCAGAAGGUGAUUGGUUCUGUCCCACCUGCGUUGCUAAGGAAAACGGUGAUGCUUCACAAUCACAGCGCUCCGUGCGGCAGAGGUCAAAUAUGCGGAAAAGGCGCCUUGCAGAGGAUUGUUCAGGAGAGGAUGGUGGGUACAAACAAGGCAUGACCACACGACAAAAAGAUUCUGCUGCUUCCUCAAGUGGGACAAACUCCUCCCCUUCCAAGCGUAGACGGAUGACCACACGAAACCAGCCUGACCUCACCUACUGCGAGAUCAUUCUGAUGGAAAUGGAGGCUCAUUCAGAUGCAUGGCCUUUUCUGGAACCGGUCAACCCCCGCCUGGUGCCUGGCUACCGGCGCAUCAUCAAAAACCCCAUGGAUUUCCUCACCAUGAGGGAGAGAAUUCUACAGGGAGGGUACUGCAGCUGUGAGGAGUUUGCUGCUGACGCACAGCUCAUCUUCAACAACUGCGAGCUUUUCAAUGAGGACACAUCAGAUGUGGGCAAGGCCGGCCACUCCAUGCGAUGCUUCUUCGAGAGCCGCUGGGCGGAGUUUUACGACAACAAGGACAAAUAGAGAUUAUGUCACCCGUUGCAUGGGAUGAAGCAUUUAAAUGCCAUGCCCCUUUGAUGCUCAUUACUACUAAAAACUGUUUCUGGAGAGCCCUCCAGUCCUCUGUAUGCAUAUUGUGUAGAUAUAUGUAUAGAUUUGUUCUGUCUGUUUUACAAGUAUCUAUUUUUGUCCGCCCCACCUUCAUCUUAAGUUUAAAAACAUUUCCUUAUCACCUUGUAUUACACUGUACAAACUUCUCAUGUAUAUCCCAAAUUUUAUCAGUCACGCCGUUGGGGUUGAAGUACGCCUUCAGGACUUGAUUGGUUCACACUUGAUGUCACGUGACUAAUCGCCGUGAUUGGCACACCUCUAUCAGGAUGUUUUGACCACACACUUCUUUACUCUAAAGCCUUCUGCUCCAUAUUGUAUAGGUCGUGGAGCUUGUGUGUCCCCUUGAUUGAAAAUGUAACGUAACGUGCUUUCAAGACUAGAAGCAAUUUCCUCAGUAUAUUUUUUAUUAUAUACUAUAUAUACACUUAAGAAAAAACUAUUAGUUGGGAUUAUUUAAUAGCAAAAGCCUGUAGUGAAUCUGUACAGACCACAUAGUAGCGAGAUGUAUAGGUGACUCAUGAAAUGGCCAGUAAAACGUAUUAUAUCACAUGCUUUUUUUGCUUGUUGUUGAAUAUUGGUCUUGUCAACUGGAGGAUUGCCAUAAUUUAAUAUAUGGCUUUUUUAUUUGCUUUAUUGUCCUGUCACGCCCCCCAAAAACAGAACUAAGUCAGUGUUUAGUCAUGAUGGAACCUGAGGAAAUGCCAACAAAAAUUGUUAAUCGCUGUUCAGAAAGGUUAUUGGCCACAAGUUUUUAACUUCUUUGCUUUUAAUCUCUACUAGCUAGCAGAUUUGAAAGUUUUCGCUUGUAUAAUUAUUGUCUGGGGAGGGGUUCUAGACUGUAUUCAUUUAGGGUUUUAUGGAAAGGAUAUGGAUGUACGUUUGGCACUAUAGAUCAUUUUAGCUCUACUUCUCAUUGGAAGAGUUCAUUCACUGUUGUAUUCAGUAUGACUGGAUAAGAUUUGCUCUUUGCUCUCAUGAAAAUGAUGCUGAAAUCUACAGAUGUUUAAACUGUUUUAUGUGUUGGUAAUGGUGUGUGUGGUAUCUUUGAAAAAUCUGGACCAACUCAAAAAGGAUGUACAUUUUACGCUUGUGUUGUGACAUUGUUUUCGCAGAUGAAAAGGCUUUUCUUUAUCAUUAGUAAAUUGACCAAUUGAAGGUUUUAAGAAUAAACACAAUUAAGGGAAAAUAAAUGUGUUAUUUACCCUGUAGCUAUUAACGUUUAAAAUGUUCCCCUUAGAAAUUCAUAUUUUUAUCGUAGUCAUCAAAAAAAGGAUACUUUAGCACUAAGUGCAGCAUAUAUGAGAAGACCGCAGGAGAACACACUAUUCUUGUCUUGUUGGUUCAUACACUGAACUUGUUCAGUAGGAAAUUCAUCAUUCACAUUCUUUUCUUAGCCAUACAAAAGGGACAUACUUUGUUUCUUUUCUUUCUUUUUUUUAAAGACCUGAAAACAGUCCUAGGAAGUUCAAACAAAUGUGGUGUGUAGUGAGUUUUUAAUAAUGUACAGUUUUUGUGACCUUUAAAUUUGUUUCUUUCUAUAUUUUUUAGGACCAAUAUAUUGUUUUUAAGAGGUGGCAUUGAUCAUGUUUUAUGAUAAUGUAACACGUGCAUCCGUAGAAUGUACUGUAAGCAGAAAUAAAACCACAACUAGUAGACAAAAACUUGUCUCUUUUUGGCACUUUUAUGUGUGUAAGGUACAAAAUAUAUAGACUCAACUUUUGAUACAAUAAGUUUUAUAUUUUUAUAUAUAUAUCAUUUUU